UACUGUAAGAAAUGUUAAGGAAAAUUACGAUGCAAAGAAAGUUUUAAGCUUACUGACAUGAGUCGUGUUGAAUAUGUGUGAAUGAAGGUAGUGAUAGAGAUGAAGGUAGCGCUAUCAAAUUUUGCCACUGCAAUGGUAAUCUUUUCCAGCAUGAAUGCGGUGCUUGGGAUCAGAUUUGUGAUUGACAGACGUGAAUGUUUCUCUCACAAUGUUGAGCACGAAGCGGAUAGAGUUCAUGCUUCAUUUGUUGUCAUCAAGGUUGAUGCAUCUUGGCAAUAUACUGAUGAUGGUGUAGACCUUGAGGUGAGGGGGCCUGCUGGUGAACCAAUUCGAGAUUUUCUUGACGUGACAAGUGAAAUAUUCGAGUUUGUGGCUCGAAGCACUGGACCCUAUCGCUUCUGCUUCAACAACAGGUCUCCCUAUCAUGAAACAAUUGAUUUUGAUGUCCACAGUAGCCACGUUGAGUUUUCUGAUCAUCAUGCAAAAGAUGAGCAUUUAGCUCCUCUGUUUGAAGAGAUAGUAAAAUUAGAACGAGCUCUUUUCAACAUCCAGUAUGAACAGCAUUGGCUUGAGGCUCAGACAGAACGUCAGGCAAUAGUAGGCAGUGCAAUGAGCUCGAGAACGAUUCACAAGGCGCUAUUUGAAUCAGCAGCACUAAUGGGUGCCAGCGCCCUCCAAGUUUAUCUUCUUCGUCGCCUCUUUGAACGAAAGCUUACUGUUUAGAAUGAAUUUUGGAUGUUGGAACAGAACCACCUCAUUGAAGAUGGGCAUUAUUUAGUAGCUUGGCUCUUCUAUUUAGGCAAAUGGGCAUGUUUUGCCCACUAAUGCUACACAGAGUCAUGUUGACGUUCCUGCCUCCGAGUUUACUAGUUAGUCCAGUCCUCUUAGAUUUUCGCAUUCAAAGAGGACGAAAUAAAUGAUAAAUAAUAGUCAGCUGAAUUCUUUCAAAGGAAUUUCUGCAAAACUGUGAACUACAAAAUGUAGAGUAAAAAAAAAACAUGCUGAACAUAUUACGUGUAUGAUGCACAGGCAUAUGUCAUGUCUUCUAGAGCAAAUGAAAGAAA